AAAUGGACCCACAUUAGAUGUGUAAGAAAUUGUAAGAAGAGUCUUUUAAAGAGAACGAUGAUGUAAACAAUUAGAUUUCUAAAAGAGCUGAGAACUCGAGUGGCCGAGAUAGAGGCUAAGAAUGCUGAAUAUUAAGAUCUAAUUGAAGGGUUGAAGUAAACUAUAGAAGAGAAGGAUGCCAAAAUUAAACAAUUAGAAGACACAUUGGCUAAUUUACAAAGCAAGCCUAUCAAAAAAACUAUCCAAAAGAAGAAAGAUAAGAAGCCAACUAAAAAGUGAUAUAAUAAUUUACUUAAA